AUGCUGUCUGUGAUGAUCAGGGAGAGUGAUCUGCUGAAGGACGGCGUCAGUUCAAACCCCAACGCGGAGGAGCAGGACCUGAUGAGAGAGGAGGCUCAGAAGAUGAGCAGCGUUCUGCCCACUAUGUGGCUUGGGGCUCAGAAUGGAUGUGUUUACGUCCACUCCUCUGUGGCUCAGUGGAAGAAGUGUCUCCAUUCUAUAAAGCUGAAGGACUCUGUGCUCGGCAUAGUGCAUGUGAAAGGGCGUGUACUGGUGGGUCUCUCUGAUGGCACCUUAGCCAUUUUCCACAGAGGAGUAGAUGGGCAGUGGGAUCUGACCAACUACCAUCUGUUGGACCUGGGGAGACCCCACCACUCCAUCCGCUGCAUGACUGUAGUGCACGACAAGGUGUGGUGCGGCUUCAGGAACAAGAUCCAUGUAGUGCAGCCCCAAGCCAUGAAGAUAGAG